GGAUUCAUGUGGGGGCUUGUGGGGCAGAGGAAAUUUCGUGAGGAAAUAAUUGCCUCUAUCCUUGCCCCGUGGGGAGAAAUAUUCUCCGAAUCUCCACUCAAGCGACGAGGAUCCCCACGGAGCUCUGCAGGUUUCGGAGCAAAUUGCCAUCCUUAUUGAUGAUUCAAUGAGAGAAUUUCAUAACAAAGGAUCUAAUUUCAUCGCAAUGUAGAUCAUGAACUACAGGGACACCGUGCCAUAUUUUCUGAACACUCUACUUCGUCUCCUGUGGCUCGUUCAUACGUUGCAUAUGUUGGACCUCUUCCACCCACAUCUUUGAGAGCCAGUGAUGGUGUUGAUGAUCUUAACUUCAAUCAUCAUUGGAACAACCUCUCCGGACGCAAUGAGAUUUUUGCUCCACAUGCUUUUCCUGCCAUUAAUAUCCACUAUCAUAGUUGGGGCAGUCAUUCCCCCACUAUCUCUAUAUCUGGUGGCCAUGUUCAGAGUGUUGAUCCAGCUUCCAUUCCACCUGGACUAUUGAGAACUUCUCAGGGGGAACUUGAUGCUACAACUAGAUUGAGAUCAUUUCCACAUCCUCUCCCUUUUGAGCAUGGGUCCAAUUCCAGAGCAGGGAGCUCUUUUGUCUCUGCAAUUAUCCCUCGUCAUCCAGGAGGCAGUGAAAGGAUUCAGGUAUCACAUUCUUUGCACCAUCAACAGCAACCAACAAAUCAACCAGGCUUGCCUACUCCUUUAGUUCCUGCUGCCAGAAGAGGCUUGCCAACAUUAGUGCCAACGCUCUCACCACCCAAUCAUCAUAAUGGUGGGUUAUAUAUCUUCCCUCCACCAAGUUCAUCAGGCCAUGGCCCGCUUGAAGCAGAAAAUCCAUUGCCUAGUCAUUUUCAUGCAUGGGAACAACGGCAUUUAUCUCAUUUCUCAAUCACAUCAAGAGGCUCAGGUUGGGGAUUGUAUCAUUCUACUGGAGCCUCCGAUUCCAGCAAUCUGUCUGGCAGCUUUCGGCAUAGGCCCUUCUCCUAGAUGUUUCGUUACAAGCUUCAGUCUGAACAGGAUUCUAAACCAUCCCCACUUGUGGAAAGCUUUGGAAUCAUUGAAUCUGAACUUAUAAAUGGCAAAAAAGUAAGGUGUGAAACUGAAAAAUGAUAAAUAAUGUCCAUUUUUUUCUUUUUGUAAGUUUCAGUGAACUAAACCUUAAGACGUCAAGGUUCUUUGUUAAUCAUGUGGCGCAUGUACCCAAAAACAUGUGGCACCGUGAAGGUGCGUAUUUUGUCAAACAUGUUUCUGGUUGUUAAAAUUUCUGAAGUACAGUUGAGGAUGUCAGACUAAGAUUCAAAGGACAGAUUCAUUUGUCUUUGCUAAUACAUGAUUAAGAACCGU